GAGGAAAGCAAAAACCCUGAGUCAAGUCUAGUCGGUACACUGGAACCUCAAUGGUCACAUUCCUGGUGACGUAGCCGAAUGCGGAAGUGAGGCGUCUCUGUGAUGUGACGAGAAACAAGAUGAUCGCGAAUCUGUUGAUAUUCGGGACCUUACUGGUGAAUGCAGGGGCCGUGCUGAACUUCAAACUCAAAAGGAAGGAGGCCCAGGGAUUUGGAGAUGACUCCAGAGCGCCAACAACAGGCGACAACAUCAGAGAGUUCCUGCUCAGCCUGCGAUACUUUCGGAUCUUCAUCGCUCUCUGGAACAUCUUCAUCAUGUUCUGCAUGAUAGUAUUAUUUGGAUCAUGAUCGACAUUUGCAGGGAUCAGAAUCCGGAAUCCUUCUGGGUUUUUCAAGAUGGAUGCUCUAAAUUACUUCUUUAUAGAACCUUUCUGUUACUUUGGCCCUUUUAAACUAUAAGUCUACUCUAUUUUCUUUACCACCUCUAAUUCAAAAACUACUUCUGGUGUCGCUGUACAGGAAUUUAUGAAUCACUGUAUUUAUUUGGUCUGAUAGAGGUUUUCACAUUUUUACUUUUCUGUAAACUGUGACUCUAUGAAUAGCCCUGCCCUCUGCUGGACAUGUGUUGUCAUGUGCCCUCGAGCUUCUGUACAGAAAAUGGGAUGUUUUCUUCAGCAUUGCCAAUAUAAAAAAAAAAAGAUCACCUGGGUUGUAAACGAUGCACAGCCUUUGUUAACAGGAUAUAAUUGUUUUUUCUGUGGCUUGUUAGCUGACUGUCAUCAUUUAAGGAUCUCGUUCUGUCCUAAAGCCUCUCAAACUUACCAUGGUCCCUUUUCCUGUGUGCAUAUAUGAUAAGAUGUAUAAACAACUCAAAAUUCAUCUGUUGUUAUGUGCAGCCUCUCAGAUAGAAACUGUCAUUUCCUGUGGUCUGGGACACCUGGGCUGUAAGUAAAUGAAUAUGCACUUUGAUGUAAAUGUGUCCUUGUUCUCUUUCCAAUAAAAAUACAAUUUUCUUA